UUUCCUCCCACUGGAUCCCAGGCCUUCAGGAAAAAAGCCAAAAAGCAGGGUGUGGAGGGACAGUGACCUUACAGCCUCCAGCCGGGCACCAGUGCAUAUCUUAUCAGCCCCUACUGGCUCAAACAGCAGCAGAACUCUCCGUGUGCACACGUCUUCUCUGGGCAGGUCCAACAGUUAUCAGCACUCCUUAUUGCCAGGACCCAUGAGCCAGGACAAACAGAGUAAGCAGGUACCGGAUUGCAGCGGACCGAUGUCCCCGACCAAAGCCCAGAAAUCCCCCAGGAUGCCCAAGUGCUCUCGCUGUAGAAAUCACGGAUACGUGUCUCCACUGAAGGGACACAAGCGCUUUUGCAACUGGAGGGACUGCCAGUGUCCCAAAUGCAAAUUGAUCGCGGAGAGGCAGAGAGUCAUGGCGGCCCAGGUUGCUCUGAGGAGGCAGCAGGCCCAAGAAGAAGAGCUUGGGAUUUGUAGUCCUGUGUCUCUGUCCGGUUCCGAGAUGAUGGUCAAGAAUGAAGUUGGAGCAGACUGCCUGUUCUCUGUGGAGGGACGGUCCCCGACACCUACCAGCCACCCCACCUCUGCUGUCACAGGGACCCGCUCGGCAUCGUCCCCCAGCCCAUCUGCCGCUGCCAGGGCUCAUACCGAGGGACCGUCUGACCUCCUGCUGGAAACCCCCUAUUACAAUUUCUACCAGCCUUCGCGCUACCCCACCUACUAUGGAAACCUUUACAACUACUCGCAGUACCAGCAGAUGCCUCAUGGUGAUGGCCGCCUGCCCAGCCACAGCGUGUCGUCUCAGUACCGCAUGCACUCCUACUACCCAGCAGCCACCUACCUGACUCAGGGCCUGGGCUCCACCAGCUGUGUGCCACCCUUCUUUAGCCUGGAUGACAACAAUAACAGCUGCUCUGAGACCAUGGCAGCCUCCUUCUCACCCAGCAGCAUCUCCGCUGGUCACGACUCCACCAUGGUCUGCCGCUCCAUCAGCUCCCUGGUUAACGGCGACGCCAAGGCUGAAUGCGAGGCCAGCAGCCAGGCAGCCGGCUUCACCGUCGACGCCAUCGAAGGCGGCGCCACCAAAUAAAAGAAGAAAAGGAUAAGAUCACACGACAGAAGCUUUACGAGCUCGGACGAGCUGAAACUUGAUGUUCUUUAAAAACCGUUUAAUCGUUCACUCACGCUUCACGCUGUCUUCACGCUGUCUUCACGUUUCCCUUCUAAAGCUCCACAGACUGUUCUUGUAUUUGUAGCUCAUUUUUAGCUCUUAAAUCCAGUUCAGGGUUACGAAUCACAAUGUACAUUAACUGGCUAAUUGAUUAGCUUUAAUCAAGAUCAGAUGAUUGAGUGUGAAGCAACUCUUCAAAACAGAAAUAAAGUGGUUUUUUAAAUGCA